ACCUAUGCAUGAUUAACAAAUUCUUACUCGUAUAGUGAAAAAAAUCUGCAUGCAAGAAAAAAAUUUGUGAGAGAGCAAGCAGUACAUAAUUGCCAAAGCAAACGAGCGAGCGAGAAAAUCGAGAAAAAUUAUUUUCCUCGAGUCCGCGAGAUGCGAUUUUAAUAUACAAACAUGUUGGAGUUUUUGUGAUGCAAAAGAUAAAACCAAAUUCCUUUAAAUAAUAAUUAAUAAUUGGAAUUGUGCAAAUAGAGUGUUUGUGUGUACGCUUAUGCGUAUGCUUGUGUAAGUGCGCGUGUUCUAGUGCAAAGGCAUCCUUAAUUUUUUUUCGCACACAUCUGAACAUUUUUUCUCUAAUAUACCAACAAUACAGAGCGCGUGUAGCGACGCGAAGAGAAAAGCACAAUCGCACGGGCAAAGCACAAUUCCUAAACUCAGCGCCAAUCCCUCAUUUAUACUCGUGGGACGGGCGUUUUAACCACCAAGUGGUAUCAUUUUGUAACCACCGUUUUCGCUGCUGGCAUAGCUGGCUUAUUUAAAUCAACACACAGCGUGGCCAAGGAGAUAGACCACCAUUCACCGCAUCAAAUCGCACAAAGUUAAGGGAAUAUCGACGCCAAGGAUACUGGUACAAGAGUAGAAAAAUGUUCACGGGCAAAUUGCAGAUCAAAGUGUGUGAGGCGAGUGGAUUACGUCCAACAGAUUUCCAAAAGCGUCAUAAUCUAACAUUUGGCAAACUCGCCGAUGAGCAACUAAUCGAUCCCUACGUCUCUAUAGAUGUCGACGAUUGUCAUUUUGAUCGAUCGACCACACGACCAAAAACAUUCGAUCCUGUUUGGAACGAGCAAUUCGUACACGAUGUGACCAAUUCGCGUAACAUUAACUUGACCGUAUUUCAUGAUGCGGCACUGCCGCCAGAUGAUUUUGUGGCCAAUUGCAUAAUACCAUUUGAAGAUCUGAUGCAGAGUGAUACGAGUGUGCAAGAUCUCUGGAUUAAUCUGGAACCGCAGGGAAAAAUUCAUGUCAUAAUAGAGCUAAAGAACCGCAAUGAUCAAGCCAAAGCCGACGCUGAGGUUGAACAUGCCGUGGCCACCAACAAAGAGUUCAAAGAGCGCGCUGGCUUCAAUCGUCGUCGCGGUGCGAUGCGUCGUCGGGUACAUCAGGUCAAUGGGCACAAGUUUAUGGCCACCUUCUUGCGCCAGCCCACCUUCUGUUCACAUUGUCGCGAAUUUAUUUGGGGAAUUGGUAAACAAGGCUAUCAAUGUCAAGUGUGCACUUUGGUUGUACAUAAAAAAUGCCAUUUGUCUGUGGUCUCCAAAUGUCCCGGCAUGCGAGAUGAGCAAGUAAAAGUGGAAGUGGUACCGGCUGGGCAGCGUUUCAAUGUAAAUGUACCGCACCGCUUUGUGGUGCACAGUUACAAGCGGUUCACGUUUUGCGACCACUGCGGCUCGCUGCUGUAUGGCCUCAUUAAGCAGGGCCUCCAGUGCGAAACAUGCUACAUGAACGUGCACAAACGUUGUCAGAAGAAUGUGGCCAAUACGUGUGGCAUCAAUACCAAACAGAUGGCCGAGAUCCUCAGUUCGUUGGGCAUAUCGCCAGACAAGCAGGGCCAGCCUCGUCGCUCUAAAUACUUGAAUCAGCCGGGUGGUGAGGAUAACUAUGGCGCAUCGCUGGGCGGCGAUGGAGAUAGUGCGUCGGGUGCAUCCUUUCGCAAUUCUACGCUACCUGCCGACCAGGCUGCAUCCACCACUACCCUGACCAGCGGGUACAACAGCAGCAGUUGCAUGAGCAUUGCCGUCGGUGGUGAUGCCCGUCCUGGCAAGUCGUCGCUGCUCGAUUUCAAUUUUAUUAAGGUGCUGGGCAAGGGCUCCUUCGGUAAAGUGAUGCUGGCGGAGAAGAAGGGCACCGAGGAGAUAUAUGCCAUUAAAGUGUUGAAGAAGGAUGCCAUUAUACAGGACGACGAUGUGGACUGCACCAUGACGGAGAAACGCAUUCUGGCCCUUGCUGCCAAUCAUCCGUUCUUGACGGCGCUACAUUCCUGUUUUCAGACUCCGGAUCGCUUGUUCUUUGUCAUGGAGUAUGUGAACGGUGGGGAUCUGAUGUUUCAAAUACAAAAGGCGCGUCGUUUUGAGGCUGCGCGAGCGGCCUUUUAUGCCGCUGAGGUGACGCUAGCUCUACAAUUUUUGCAUGCCCACGGCGUUAUAUAUCGUGACUUGAAGCUGGAUAACAUAUUGCUGGAUCAGGAGGGUCACUGCAAGCUUGCCGAUUUUGGCAUGUGCAAGGAGGGCAUUAUGAAUGGCAUGCUGACUACGACAUUCUGUGGCACCCCCGACUACAUAGCGCCCGAAAUACUCAAGGAGCAGGAAUACGGCGCCUCUGUGGAUUGGUGGGCGUUGGGUGUGCUCAUGUACGAAAUGAUGGCCGGCCAGCCGCCAUUUGAAGCGGAUAAUGAGGAUGAGUUGUUCGAUUCGAUUAUGCACGAUGAUGUUUUAUAUCCCGUGUGGUUGUCACGUGAAGCCGUUUCUAUAUUAAAAGGUUUUCUUACCAAAAAUCCUGAGCAACGUUUGGGUUGUACCGGCGAUGAGAAUGAAAUACGUAAACAUCCGUUCUUUAAUAAACUGGACUGGAAAGAAUUGGAAAAACGCAAUAUAAAGCCACCAUUCCGGCCCAAAAUGAAAAAUCCACGAGAUGCCAAUAAUUUCGAUGCCGAAUUCACCAAAGAAGAACCAGUGCUAACACCCAUAGGCAACGAGGUCGUACGCUGCAUUAAUCAGGAUGAGUUCGCCGGCUUCUCAUUUGUCAAUCCCAAGUUUGGACCCGAACGCAAAGUCUACUAAACGAAAUCGCUGCAGACAGGGCAGGUUGGAUGGCAUUUAGCUUCACUAAACCACACAGAAGUGCUGUGCAGGACACAACUCUAGUCUGUAUGAUAUUGUGAGUCACAACCGACGCACAUGUUGGUCCAAUUUCUCGGUAGAGUUUAGUAAGCAAAGCGUUCAAAUUUUAAAACAACCAACUUUAAAGAAAAAGAAUAUAAGAAUGGCUGGCACAGCACAGGCAUGUUGCCCAUGUUUUUAAUUAGGUAAAGGCAUCGCGCUAUUACGUUACAUUGUAUUGUUAGUCGCCUCAUCUAGCCUACAACAUACUACUACUAUCUUAGCCUAGCCGCCUACUCUAUUCUAGCACAAGAAACACACUUCCACUUAUAGUUUACUUUGCUACCGUUUAAAGCCCUUUGCAAUUGCUUAAUUGUUGUCUGUUUCCAUUUGUUUAUCUUUAUUUUGUUUUAAGCAAGUGUUGGAAUUUAUAAAGCAUAGCUCUUACAAUGAAAAACCCAAAAAGGAAAACCGUGAAGGAGCUAAGAAACAACAAAAUAAUUGAAUUGUAUUUUUAGGUAGAUCUAUAAAAACCACUACAAACGAGUAGAUCACCCUCUAGUCAUCUACUACCAGUGCCAAUUCGUUAACACUAUAAACUACAAACAAAUAUAAAUACUUGCACUUAUACACACAUACAAAGAACGCAGCUAAUGCAGCUAGUUUUUUUGUCCGCCCCCAUCCAGUCGUGCUUUUUUCAAUGCUCAAAGCCUCAUAAACGCUCUGCGUUCUUUUUGAAGCCCCCUCCUUUUUUAAGUGCGUUGCAUUUGUUUAUUGUUUGCCAUAAAGCUUCCCCGAUCUAGUCAAAAGAAAGGAAAAAUGUUACGUUAUAUUUGUAUUGUUGCUGGCAAGAAAAACGCACGCGCAUUUUGUUAUUAGUUUUUUAUUUAUUGACGUGCCGAAUCUCAAGCUUCACACAAAGUGUAGCACAAGUCAGGAUGAGAUAAGAGGUAUUUGCUUUAAGCGAAUCUCAAGAGAAUGUCACAAAAUAGCCAAAAAUACAUACGCCGUCUGUAAAAAAAGAAGAGUAUUAAACCAAAAUAGGAAGAAGAUAAAAUUGAUAAUAUUUUAGCCAACGUUUUGCACAAUUUCCUUCUCAAGUAUUAAAGCGAUAUUAUUUUUAAAUUAAAUUAUUGUUAUUCAUAUUUAUAAACGAGUCCGAACAAAUAUUUGUUUUUGUAUUUCGUUUCGCAAGAAAUUCAAUACGAACAUAAUUCAGUUUUAUGCAUUAAGCCUUCGAGCUAUACAACUAAACUAAAAACUUACUAAGCAUUGUAAUAAAAGAAAAAGGAAUCAACUAAAACUAAUACCUGUAAAACUGAACACAAUGCUUUAACAAAAAGCACAACACACAUACAAAUACAAAUAUUUUAUGCUAAUGAAAUUAUAAAUACAAACAAAUGUGUCUAGCAUGUAAGUUAAGGAAACACAAAACAAAACAAAAAACAAAGUGCAACAAGAAAUAUUAAAUUGUGAAACUAAAGGCAUAUAUACAUACAAAUAUAUAUACAUACAUAGCGUUAAAAUAGUAUAUGUGCAAAAUGCAGUUAAAAUAACUAAACCACACAAUGAGAAUAAAAGUAUGUAAACUUUAUAAUAGUAACAAUAUUAAAAUAAAUUAUGUGUUGAUUUUAAAACCAAAGACUCAAACAAAAUGAAAAGUUUAAUCAGGCAGCAUGCAUAAAAAAAUCAAAGAAACAAUAAU